AUGUCUUUUUCCACAGCCGAGCUCAGGCUUGUGCCACUGCGGACGUGCUUCGCCACUAUUCCACAAUCUCUCAAACGUGUACUCGAUAACGCGAAUGCUGUCGUCCAAGACGUCAUCGUAGAGCUACGAGCUGCUACGCCCUCUAAAGGCCCGUCCGGUACCUCAAAAUCGUUCUACGUGGGGUGGGCCGGGGAUGCGACUCGGUCGGAAUCCUCGGCGCUCGCAAGUAGGGGCAGUAAGAGAAAGCAGGGUUCUGUAGAUAUCAUCGAAUUAGAUGUCAUCGAAAGUCGCGCGAGCUUCCUCGAAAAUUACCUACUCUCCCAAGUCAGGGCUCUCCCAAAUCCGGUAUCAAGCGAAGUGCAGCCUGGUCAUCCCAUAACCAUACAUCUCUCGCCGACCUCUACCGCUAAUAUCAUAGUCACAUCAUUGACACCCUCGCCGAGUUCCGCUGUGCCAUUUGUAAAAUUGGCCCCAGAUAGUGAAGUCAUUGUUGCCCCGAAGCUCCGAUCACGACCCAGUCAUCAAAAUAGAACCACAAGUCAAAGCAUUACCAGCAAAAGGAGUAUUGGGACCCGCGAAGCCCGUCGCAGAAGUGGCAGGGAAUCUGAAGGGUCAAAUGCGCUGUUUUUGCGUCCUGUGGACAAAGCUCUUUGUCAAGACUACUUUGAUCGACAAGCUGAUAUCACAGAAGAGAAAGUCUGGCCAUGUUUGUGGGUUGACCGGGAAGUUCUUCAGCAUCGCACGCUUAAAGGCGUGAAGUGGGUUUAUGCAUCAAUCAUGAAGCCAGCUACCACCAAGGCUCCACUAGACUCCCAUCAAUAUCAAAAGUUGAGAGACGCAAAGGCAGCCGAAGCUGGUGUUCUCCGCAUCUCAGCAGCACCAUCACAAUCUUCCAAAAGCGAAACAGGGGGCUUGAAACUUUUCCCGAUACUUAAAAGCGAAAGUGAUGAAGAUGGACUGAAGAUUGGUGGUCAGCGGGAUAUCAAGAGAACAUCGGUCUCGUGGCUUAUUGACAGUGGUCUGUUGAGUGGACCUAUCACAGAUGGACAAUAUCUUCCUCACAACACUCGUGCCGCUUGGCCAGGUGGUAUCAUUAGAUUCCAGAGCCAACCCUCUAGUGAUACCCGAGAGACCAGAGACGAUCCGAGAUGGUGCUUCGGCUCCGAAUAUAGGGGCAAUGUCAGCCUACAGCAAAGCAUACCCGAGCCUGUUGGCUUCGGCGACGAAGAAGGAUUUGAAGGAGAUCUGCAUCUGCAGCCAGGUACUCUUAUUGGAGUUGAUGACGUUCAAGAACAAGUCGCUUCUCAAUUAAUCCAUGGCUCCUCGGUGUUGAUGACAGGUGGCUUGGGCUCUGGGAAGUCCUCAUUAGUAUCCGAGGAGGCCCGAGUCUCCGUGAUCAAAGAAACAAUCACACGAUUGCUCGCAAAUGCCGUUUGGGGUACUCAACUGGGCGGUAUGGCUCUUAUCGUCUUAGACGACUUGGACAAACUGUGUCCAGCGGAAACCGAGCUCCAGACCGCCGAUAAUGAGCGCAGUCGACAUGCGAGUGAGCUGAUCUGUUCACUGAUUCGAGACUGCUGCGCUGAUCGCUCGAAGAUAGUGAUUCUCGCAACAGCACAGAGCAAGGAGUCGUUGAAUAGCAUUAUCGUAGGUGCAAAUAUUAUCAAGGAAAUUAUCCAUCUACAUGCGUUGGACAAAGACGCGAGAAUAAUUAUGUUAAAAGCUCUGACAAAGGGAUCGCAAACCGUGACCAAUGGUACAAGGACUAUUGAAAGUGAUGUGCAUAAUCAAACAAAUGACGAAGAUGCGGCCUGGAUGGCAGAAGCAACAGAGCCAAACCAAGGAGCUGAGAGUGAUGGCUUCAAAGUUGAUGUUAAUCUAGAUAUGCUAGAGAUGGCAGGUCAAACAGAUGGCUAUCAGCCUGGUGAUCUCACUCUUCUUGUAUCGCGGGCAAAGAACGAAGCCAUAAUCAGGGCUGUCGAAAGUCCAUCAACCGAGUCCCAACCUUCCCUCUCUGCUGUCGAUUUUCAGAAAGCACUCAAGGGCUUUUCGCCCGCCUCACUACGCAAUGUCACUCUUCAAACUUCCAAUACAACCUUCAGCUCCAUUGGUGGCUUAUAUGAGACUCGCAAGAUCAUAUUAGAGACACUUCAGUACCCAACGAUUUAUGCUCCCAUAUUUGCACAGUGUCCUCUUCGCCUUCGUUCAGGACUAUUGCUCUACGGCUACCCUGGCUGUGGCAAAACACUCCUUGCAUCUGCCGUAGCUGGGGAAUGCGGUCUCAACUUCAUCAGCGUGAAGGGGCCUGAGAUCUUGAAUAAGUACAUCGGUGCCAGCGAGAAGAGCGUUCGCGAUUUAUUCGAGCGAGCGGAAUCCGCUCGCCCGUGCGUCCUCUUCUUCGAUGAAUUUGACAGUAUUGCCCCAAAGCGGGGUCACGACUCAACUGGAGUCACUGAUCGAGUAGUAAAUCAGCUGCUUACCCAGAUGGAUGGCGCAGAAGGCUUGACUGGAGUCUAUGUUCUUGCUGCCACGAGUCGGCCAGAUCUGAUUGAUCCCGCGCUACUAAGGCCCGGAAGAUUGGACAAAAGCUUGCUUUGUGACAUGCCUAAGUAUGUUGAAAGACUUGACAUUAUUCGUACGUUAGCGAAGAAGCUAGACUUUAGCCCCAGAGUUCAAACCGAGAAAAGUAGUUCAAGAAAUCUUGCGGAAAUCGCUCGACGGACAGAGGGGUAUUCCGGAGCUGACCUACAAGCCGUGGUCUAUAAUGCACAUCUUGAAGCCAUUCAUGACGUCCUUGGGGACCAAUCCUCAAAGCAAGAAGUCAAUGGCAAGAAAGGAAAGGACCUCAAGAGACGUGAACAAGCCAUAAAACCUGAUAUACUGCAAUUUCGUUUUGGUCAGUCCGAGGGGCCGAAUAAUGGAACAAAGGCACUCUCUCAAGCCCAAGAAGCAGCAGAAUACGCCGCCAUUGUUGCAAAACUCGACGCUCUCAAGCUGGCGAAGAAGAAGGAAAAGCAAGCACGUCGAGGGAUCGAGCAAAGACUAGAUACCCAAGCGACUGGAGUCAAGGACUCAGAUGUAAGAGUCGUUAUUGAAUGGAAGCACAUUGAUGCGUCUCUGGCUAGCACAAGGCGAUCCAUUAGUGGAGAAGAGCGAAAGAAGUUCGAGCACAUUUAUCAAGAAUUUGUGUUUGGGCGAAACGGCGAGAUGCCUGAUGGACAAGCUUCUAUGGAAAUUGGUGGAAGAAUCAGCUUGAUGUGA